AUGUCAGGGGUUAACGUGGCUGACCUUCUGGCCACGACAAUGACACUACCCAUAACAGCCGCACCAGAAGCAGCAACUUCACAAGCAGCAAUACUCGUGGCAGCUGCAACAUCAGCCACCAACAGCAGCCACCUGCAACCUGCAACAUUAACAAGCCACAUUUUCACGACAGCAGCAGCCAAAACGACGACGAAGACGACGACUACGAGCAGUUUGCCUAUAACAUCGCAAUUUGUGGAUGCCUCGUUGACUUCGCUAUCACUAACAGCCACAUCGUCAGAUGGCUCCUACUCCUCACCCUUUUCAUCCCACUCGCCGUUGGAGUCCACGUUUGAGUUCCUCUCCACAGUCGGUCCAAACAUAACGGCCAAUGGCAGUGAGAUUGCCGUGGAUAACCAGACGGAGCUGGAGGAGAGCUGGCUGGAUCUAUCGCUGCUGCUGCUCAAAGGAUUCAUCUUCUCGUCAAUUAUCCUGGCCGCUGUGCUGGGCAAUGCAUUGGUCAUCAUUUCAGUGCAGCGCAAUCGAAAGCUGCGGGUGAUAACCAAUUACUUUGUUGUGUCGCUGGCGAUGGCCGACAUGCUGGUGGCCCUCUGUGCGAUGACAUUCAACGCCUCCGUGGAACUGUCCGGCGGAAAGUGGAUGUUCGGACCGUUCAUGUGCAACGUGUACAACAGCCUGGAUGUUUACUUUUCCACGGCCAGCAUAUUGCACCUGUGCUGCAUAUCGGUGGACAGAUACUACGCCAUUGUGCGUCCACUGGAGUAUCCAUUGAAUAUGACACACAAAACGGUGUGCUUCAUGCUCGCCAAUGUGUGGAUCCUGCCCGCCCUCAUAUCCUUCACGCCCAUCUUCCUGGGCUGGUACACGACGGAGGAGCACCUGCGGGAGAUUUCCCUGCAUCCGGACCAGUGCUCGUUUGUGGUCAACAAGGCCUACGCCCUCAUCUCCAGUUCGGUGAGCUUCUGGAUACCCGGCAUUGUGAUGCUGGUGAUGUACUGGCGCAUCUUUAAGGAGGCGAUACGUCAGCGCAAGGCCCUCAGCCGCACCAGCUCCAACAUCCUGCUGAACAGCGUCCACAUGGGCCACACCCAGCAGCCCACCAGCCUGAGCUAUCUCCAUCCCAGCGACUGCGAUCUGAACGCCACAUCCGCCCGCGAGGAGACGCACAGUGCCCUCAGUAACUUGGAGGACAUGCUGCAGCCGGCCACCGACGAGGACGACGACAGGGACGAGUGCGAUGAACUGAGAGUGCCAUCGCCGCCGCCACGCCGCCUCAGCCGCAGCAGCAUCGAUCUGCGGGACUUGGAGCAGGAGCGGUACGAGAAGGUCACCCACACGGACAGUGCUCCUUCGAUGAUGGCACUGCAGCAGCAGCAGCCCUCCCACAAUCAGUUGCAGCCACCGGCGCCAGUGUUCAAUCCGCAGAUAUGGACGGAGGGCAAGAUGAUCCCUUCGAAGGAGCUCGAAAAGGAGCAUGCUCAUCCCAAUGCCCCGCAACAGCAACUCAGCCUGACCAGCGGCAGUGGGAACAGCGAACCGGAACCGGAGUCCACCGCCUACCGGGUCUUUGGUGGCCUCAACAGCGACGAGAGCGAGGGCAACGACCUGUACGACACCCACCUGCCGCUGGCCGAGGACAACAAGGAGCUGAAGCGCCUGAUCGAGGACAACUAUCUGUACUUCAAGCGCCAGACGGGCGGCACCAUUAUCAGCGGUCCUGGCGGGGGCAAGUACGCCGCCCUCAGUGAGACGGACUUCAUCCGGCUGAAGGCAGGUGCUGCGGCCUGCGGCCGUAAGGCAUUCGCCUCCAGCGACUCGGAGUUCCUGCGCACCAUUAGCGAAUCGCGGGCGUUGCCAGAGCAACCAGUGGCCGGGAAGGAGAAGAGCUUCAACAUUCUAUCUCUGCUGGCCAAGACGAAGCGGUCGAGCACCGAGUGCUUCACCCUGGAGAAGAAGCGACAUCAGGCCAACUCCGAGGGAUCCAGCUUCUUCCGGCGCUCGCGGAACCGGAAAUUGUCGCACAGCUACAACGGAUGCGGCGGCGGCAAGGAACGCAAACUUGAGCGACGCCAGCGGCAGCACAGCGAUACGGACUCCACGCCCAACAAGCCGGACAUCCUGCUGGACAUCAAUGUGCUUAGCGAGCAGAGUGGCGCCAGUGUGAUUCAGCAGUUCAGCGACGGGGUGCAGCUGAUUGACUUCAGUGAGCUGAAGUCACCGCCGGAGAGGAUUCGCAGCGACGACGAGCUGGUCCAACUGGCCGAUUGCUUUGGGGAGUCACCCCAGCAGCCGGCCACGCCGCCACCAUCGUUGUCGCCGCCGGAGUUGCCGGAGCCGAGUGGCCUGCUCAUUGCCAGCAGCUCGGAGCUGGCCGAGAUCUUUCGAUCGCUGAGCUUUCCGCUGGGCCGACCAGCUGGUGCUCCACAGCGCCUGAGCACGCUCAGUGACCAGGUGUGCGCCAACUAUCUGAUGUCCCCACCGAACACACCGGCUCCGCCAGCCAUUUCCGUGCCCAACGGCGGUGCCAUGGACUCUUCCGCCGCUUCCAACGCGCAGUCGGCGUCCAUCAAUGUGUACUUCCUAUCGCCGCCGCCGCAUGCCGCCGCACCUGGUUAUACGCCCAGUGACACAUCCACGGUGUCCUUGGAUGUGGUGACCAGUCUGCCCAUGCCCGUUCCAGUGCCGCAGCCAAAUCCCCAAAUGCCCUCCCAGUCCAACAUAUCGCCCAAGCCGGAGAUCAUACUCGAUUCCACGCUGUCGCCGGUUGAGGGAUGUGGCGAUGAGCACCGGGAUGUCACGUCGCCACUGUUCAAGCGCAAAGAUAGCGCCGGCGAUGCGGACGUGAGCGUUUCCGGCAAUGGUGGGGCUGGUGGCGUAGGAGGGGUUGGUGGCCGCCAAGGACGCUGCAGCAUCCUGGCCGGCUACGAUGGCAUCCAAACUGUGCGGAAGAGACAGGCGUCCGUGGUGACCUACGACGUGAAUGUCAUCAACUUCUCGCAGGAGAACAGCGACAGUCGCAGCUACAUCCCGAUGGGCCGCGUUUCCACCAGUUCCGCAAAGCACGAAUUUUCCAAUAAAUCCUCGCUGAUCCGACGCGGCGGCAUCUGCAUCUUUGUGGAUGAGGAGGAGGCGGAGAUCAUUGAGCAGCGGCCCCGCGGCAUCACCUUCGCCGCGGUGCCCAGUCCGCUGCCCAAGUGUCCGCUCUGCGGCGCCGACAUCAGCAGCACCACCGGCACCACCGCAAACGCAAACACAACCGCAAAUGCCAACGCCGGCACCACAAUCGACACCACAGUAACCACUAGUAGUAAACGUAGUAGUCACGAGCCAACUCCAGAUCUUGGCCAGGUCCAGGGGCCCAGGUCCUCGUCCAGUUCCACUCGAUUCUGGCACAAGCGAACGGCGGCGGUCACAGCAUGUUGGCAGCAGAGCAAGAACCGGAAGCGCCGCUUCAAAACCGGAUGCAGUCACUGUGGUGCAACCGGCGGCUCCGUGCGACCGGCCAAAGGAUGGAAGGCCGAACACAAGGCCGCCCGCACCCUGGGCAUCAUCAUGGGCGUCUUUCUGCUCUGCUGGCUGCCCUUCUUUCUGUGGUAUGUCAUCACAUCGCUCUGCGGACCGGCCUGUCCCUGUCCCGAUGUGCUCGUGGUGGUGUUAUUCUGGAUCGGUUACUUCAACUCCACGCUAAAUCCGCUUAUAUACGCCUACUUUAAUCGCGAUUUCCGCGAGGCAUUCCGCAAUACGCUGGAGUGUGUGCUGCCCUGUCUGGAGAAACGCAAUCCGUACAACGCCUACUACGUCUAGACCGGAGACCGAAGACCGGAGACCGGAUAGUGUCUGCAUCCCGGCCACAUUCCUUCCUCGUCCACUCUCUUGGAUGCGGAACAAUGCCCCUAUAAGUGAUAUUUAAUACUUGAGUGAAUCGUUAUAUACCAAGGGAGGGAAAACAAAGCUGAGAAAAACAAGAGCAACGGCCAUACCAGAGGCAUUCGUGCCAGGAUAUAGCUAGCAUAAUCCUUGGAGCUAAGCAAUACUCGAUGUGUGUUUAUGUAUACGUGUACAAUUUCAUUUAAGCAACGAUAGGGAAUUUAAAUUAAAGUUGUGUUCUGAGCCCGCCAAGCCGCGGUUGCAGGGACAAUGCUGACCCGGAACUAAGCUAUCCAUAUAUAAGUGUUGUUUGUCCAACUAAACAGGAGAUAUACGUAAUAACUAUACAUAUGACAGAGCAAAACCCAAUUCAAAAUCGAGCGACUCUUUGCGUAGGAAAGUUCCAAUUUCAAGUGAAAUGUUGUCAAAUGAAUCAUCUAAGAAUUAUGUACUCCACUUCGGCCUGUCGAAGGUGAAACACUUUUUCCAUAGAUUUUUGGAAUACUAUGCUAUCCGAAAUUAGAGUAUUCGUAUGUCUCAGUUUUCGGGGAUUCGGGGAAAUCGUAUAUUAGGAUUGUAAAUCCUGACCCGAAUAAAUGCCAUUAAUUUAUUUUAUAUAUCAACAUAAGUUAAACACACUUUUUAAUGUUGUCAUAAAUGAAGCUACAUAACUAACUGACUUGUUCAAAAGCCCAAAAUCAUGGAAAAAGUGCAAUCGCAUAAUCUUACCUCUAGCUCUAAGUAUCAUAUGUAACCUAGAACACUAGCAAACCAAAUCUACAUAACAGAGUUAUUGAAAAUUACAAAUUACGCAAUCGAAAUUAUGUAAGGACAAAAUAUUGAAUGGAAGAGAAUUGUGUAGCUGAACGUUAUGAAUUUUCAUGCAGAAAGACAAUCUACCAAUGAGUAAAAAGAAUGAACUGCGAACAACCAAAAAUUGGCAAGCUGUAGGAAAUUUCGCCAUUCGCUGCAAAAUCGAUUCACUUAUUGUAUUUCAAUUUAGUUAGUUCGAUUGCCAUUUCGAUUCCCCUCUCUCCUGAGUUGCGACGACUUUUGUGAUAGUAAAGGAAAUUGAUUGUAUUUCUAGUUGAAUUGGCUUGCAUUGAGUAGGAAAUGCAUCCCGUCUAAGAAUCUGUACAAUGUAUUGUGUAUCUAAGU